GCCAAUGAAAAUGGGACACAGACAAACGUUCAUGUCAGUGGAUGGAAGGAGCUAAGCUAGUCAUGAGCUAAUUGUCCGGUUAGAAACCUCUGUGACAUUUCAUAUCUACAGUCUACAUUUAGCAACAGAGGAGCUAUUUAAGAGAUCAGCAUCAUGGGUGAACCACAGCAGGUCAGUGCCCUGCCCCCUCCGCCUAUGCAGUACAUCAAAGAAUACACAGAUGAAAACAUCCGCAAAGGUCUGGCUCCUAAGCCACCUCCACCCAUCAGAGACAACUACAUGAUGUUUGGUAACCAGUUCCAGUGUGACGAUCUCAUCAUCCGGCCACUAGAGAGCCAAGGUAUUGAGAGGCUCCAUCCUAUGCAGUUUGACCACAAAAGGGAGCUUAAGAAGCUCAACAUGUCCAUUCUCGUGAACUUUCUGGACCUUCUGGACAUCCUUAUCAAAAGCCCCGGCAGUAUAAAGCGUGAAGAGAAGCUGGAGGACUUGAAGCUUCUGUUUGUUCAUAUGCACCAUCUGAUAAAUGAGUACAGGCCACAUCAAGCCAGGGAGACACUGAGGGUGAUGAUGGAGGUGCAGAAGAGACAGAGGCUAGAGACAGCUGAGAGGUUCCAGAAACAUCUGGAGAGGGUGGUGGAGAUGAUCCAGGGGUGCCUUGCGUCCUUACCUGAUGACUUACCACAGAUGGAGGGUUCGGAUGGUGCUAGCGAUGGGACAAGGAGUGUGCCUGCAGCAGCUAGUGUUGGUUGCUCAUCUGGGCAGGCCCCUAGACUGAAAACUGAACCAAUGGAUGUAGAGGAAGCAGGUGCCAGCUGUAUGGCAGCAGGUAACCAGGACAAGAGCGCCCCUGCUUCUAAGAGGGACAAAAUAUGGGACAAGGAUGCUGCCAUGUGCAGUAUUAUUGAUGAAAUUGCUUAAGUUUUCUGAUGCGUAGUUGUGUUUCUUUUUUCACUGUUUCUCUUUGUUUUUUGUAUGCUGUACUUAAGAGUCUAAGUAUGAAAACGUUUGCUGUGUUUUCACUGGGCCUGGAGUUGAAUGGUAUUUUAUUUUAAAAGCCAUUAUGUAGAUAUUAUUAAGAGUUUCUGUGAAGAUAUUUGGAGAAUGUAAAUAUGACACCGAUCAGUUUUUUUUGUAAUAAAUCCAAUAAAGAAAAUUCCUAUUGCAGUA